CACAUCACUUGUUCACAAGGUUGGAUCCCUCAAUGCCUGUUUCUUUGGUCAGAGGGGAAUUAAGGUGGAUCUGUACGAAUUUCGAAAUGAUAUUCGUCGUAUGAAGCAUGUGACAGGAAAAAGUAUCAACUUAGCUUUAUCGGUGAGGGGACGCUCUUCGCUGAAAGCUGUGGGAUUGGAGGAUGAGGUAAUUGUGAGACAUGCGAUCCCUAUGUAUGCUAGGCUGAUUCACGACAGAGAUGGCUCUCGGAGACCUAUACCUUACGGAAAGAGUGACCAGUGCAUAUUUUCAGUUGGACGUCGGUUUUUGAAUGAAGUUUUAUUGUCAGCGGCUGAAAAACAUUCCAACGUCAACAUUCAUUUUAAUCACAAGCUCGUUACCUGUGAUCCGGAGACUGGGUCGAUGACUUUUGAAAGGUAUCCAAGUAAAGAAAUUACAACUGCUCAAGCCGACCUUAUCGUUGGUUGUGACGGCGCCUUUUCUGCUGUUCGACGACAAAUGCUGAAACGACCCCGUUUCAAUUACAGCCAAACAUACAUUCCUCAUGGAUACAUGGAACUAACGAUACCCGCUACACCAGACGGCCAAUUUGCCAUGGAAGUAAAUUAUCUCCACAUAUGGCCUAGAGAUUCAUUCAUGAUGAUAGCAUUGCCCAACCAAGACAAGACUUAUACAGUUACCUUAUUUAUGCCCUAUGAAAACUUUGAAGAUCUUAUAACUCCAGAAAAGCUUUUGGAUUUCUUUUUUGAAAACUUUCCGGAUGCCAUUCCACUUAUUGGAAAAAAAAAUCUUAUAGAGGACUAUUUCCGACUGAAACCAUCACCGUUAAUAUCUGUCAAGUGUAAUCCUUAUCAUGUCGGUGACAAAACGGUCAUCAUGGGAGACGCCGCUCACGCGAUGGUGCCCUUUUAUGGGCAAGGAAUGAAUGCGGGGUUCGAGGAUUGUCUUAUAUUUGACGAGUUACUAGAGAGAGAAAACUUCCAAUUAGCUAGGGUAUUGCCAGAGUUUACUCUUUACAGGACUCCUGAUGCUGAAGCUAUAUGUGACCUUGCAAUGUACAACUAUGUGGAGAUGAGACAUCUAGUAAAUUCCAAGUCAUUUCUCCUGAGAAAGAAGUGUGACAAAUUCCUUAAUCUCAUUUUUGCUGAUUCAUGGAUUCCUCUAUAUACGAUGGUUACAUUUUCAAAGAAAAGGUACCAUCUCUGUGUAAAAAACAAAAAAUGGCAAGACAAGGUUAUCAACCAAACAAUCUGGGCAGUUGGUGUGUCAGCAAGUGUUGUAGGAUUAUCUGUGUUUGCCAAACUUCUGCAUAACCACCCACAUUGGCUUGAGGCUGCUUUGGAAUCUUUGAACAAAUUUAAAUUAAGCAUGCCUUUAUUUCAUAACUAAAUAUGUUCAUAAUAAGAGAAAACAUCAACUGUUAGUGUUAAUGAACUAAACUAUCAAAUAUUUUUGACAGACCUACAAAAUUUGAGCUGUAACAUUUUCUAAUUAAAAUAAUCUUAUACAUACAUCUAAAAUAAUAAUUUAUACAUUGAAUUCAAUCAGCUUUAAAUGGAUACACUCGGUUUUGUUCAUUUGAUGUAAAAAUAUAUACUUAUAUAACUUUGUAAUUCUUUUGAAAAACAUUCAAGAUUUGAAAAACUAAAAGACUUUAUUUUGUAAUGAACAUAUUGUCCUGCUAUACAUUUCGACCAGUGUUACCAUGAGACAUUUUAUGCUGUAUCAUCUCUUCCUUAAAUUACAGUUUUUACUUUAAAGAAUUUAUUAGUUAUGAGUUAUGCCUACAAGAGAAUGGUUCAACUCACUGUGUCAGUACUAAAUGAUUUAUACUAACAGUUACAGAUCGUAGGGAUUGGAAUGUUGUUAAGAGCUGUAUGGUAGUUCAUAUUAAAUAUGCUAAUGUAUGGAGUUA